AGUGAUGGAUUGGCCUAUUUGUCAAAGCAUCAGCUGCAACACACCACUAACUUCUCUGUCCACAAGACAGCGCUAUGCAGGCUUGUUGCAGCACACUGUGAAUGACAUGCUGGUGUGACUGUGAGCUCAGCCAGCUCAGGUCAUAAGGCUCAGCAACCAGCAGGCUGUUUGUGUAUUGUGUGGCAGUGGUGGGCACAGCACAGUACAGCACAGCACAGGGCAGGCCCGAUGGAUUAGCAUGAGAAUGGGGAGUCAGUGAGUGGAGAGAGGGCUGGUAUAAAAGAGGAGGGCGCAGAGUUUGAUCUCUGUCACAGUAGCGCUCAUGACCUCACCUUGCGUCUCUGCUCCGCCUCCAAGCACUCUUGCUGACUGUGGUUUCUCUCUAUUCUCUCCUCCUCCCUCCUCCUCCUCCUCUCCUCCUUGUCUUCCCUUGACUCAUCCUCCUCAUCUUCCCUUGACUCCUCCUCCUCACCCUGCCCUUCCUCCUCCUGCUCCUACUCCUUCUCCUCCUCUCUGUCAGCAUGGAUGACAACAUAGAAACCCACACCUUCCUGUACUUUGCCUACGGCAGCAACCUACUGAAGGAAAGGCUCCAGCUCAAGAACCCCUCCGCUUCCAUCCACUGUGUGGCCAGGCUCAAGGACUACAAGCUAAUAUUUGGGAACUACAAGGGUCUGGCCAGUGACCGCUGGCAUGGGGGUGUGGCGACCAUCGAGAACAGCCCAGUGGACGAGGUGUGGGGAGUGGUAUGGAGGAUGAACGUGGCCGACCUCGAGUCUCUAGACAGCCAGGAGAACGUGAGACUAGGGGCCUACAGCCCUGUGGAGGUGAAUGUGAAGACUCGGGGCCAAGAGCUCAACUGUCGCACCUACAUCAUGAACAGCUGUAUUUACGCUCCACCAUCGCCACAGUACCUCAAGGUGAUUUUAAUGGGGGCGGAGCAGAAUGGCUUGCCAAAGAACUACCAGGAGAAGCUGAGGUCCAUCGAGACCAACAAGUAUGAGGGCCCACUGCCUGUCAUGGCUGAGCUGGAGCGGAUUAUGAAAAGAGCCAAGGAGAGAGCCAACCACCGAUCUGACGCUUAACACCUUGAGCAAACUGCCAUGUUUAGGAACUCAACUCCUGGUAGGACAAUAGAAGUUUGCUUCAACAACUUCCACUGUCCUACCAAGAGUUGUUGAAUAUCUUCUCAUCUCCAGUUUGCUCCACUGUCCAUGCACCUUGGUUUGAAAGCGAGGUAGCGACAGCAUUUAUUUUUCUCUAGGAACUCAAACUUGCCUAGAGAGAACUGUUUUCAGAAACCCACUGGUUAGAGAAACCAUCAAGUCCUGUGUGUAACGUUACAUCUAUAAGUCCUCUUCAGGAAUAGUUAUUUACUGACAAAUAACAAUGAUGACGAUGACACCGAGCAUCCCUCAGACUGUAUAGGGAUUGAAUGUAGAAUAUGAUCAUGUGUAUUUGUACUACUUUGGCGGACAAUAAAACCUCCCCAGAU